GCUCCCCAGUCUCUACAGAAUUGAGAUUAUAAUAAUCGAAAAAAAAAUGGUAAACGUUUGAAAACGACGCAAGAAUUGAACAUAAUUUUAAAAAUCAAUUUCGUAUGAAAUUCAAUGAGGUACUUGGUCUUUAGCUGCUAUAAUACGACACUUUCAAACUCGACCACUUAUACGAGUUCUAAAUUCGGAAUACUAGAUUCACCACAUGUUUGGUAAUAAUAAAACUAAAUAUAUUUAUAUAAAGUUGAGCAGUUCUUCUUCUUAGGGAGAGUGGUCAUCGUACAGAGAGUCUCGAUGACGGUGGUAAAAGCCGGUGAAAUAGUAGAUCUAACCGAAGGAAAGACUGUAAGAAAGAGGGGUUAACAGCAUCACCUGACGAGUCUACAGGAGCAUAGAGGUCUUGGACUGAGAUUAACAAUACAAUUUUUAUUGGUUUUGGGUUAAUUAAUUAUUAUUUUAGAAAUGUUUCCGUUAAUCAUUCUUGGUUUAUCGUUGAUUUGGAUUGUAAUUUAAAUAUUUAUAAAUAAUAUUAUUAUGUGUGUUUUGCGCAGUGCUAUUGACAUCGACUACCAUUACUUGCCUUUGACCUUUUUGGAAGGGAUGCUUCGUUUUUUUUUUAUAGAUCUAUUGGUUUAAAUGGUUUUAUGAAGGGUAAAAUUAAUUAAGAUGUUAAGUUCAAUAAUUGGAUAAGUUCAAUAAUUGGAUGAGAACUUGUUAAUGUUAAUCCAUGGAACGUAGUGUCUAUCGCUAGUGUUAAUCCAUGGAAUUGUUUUUUUGUACGUGAUGAUUUGUUUCCAUUUUAGUGAAUCGUAAAAUGAAAAUUUGUGUGUUUAAUUUUACAAAAUAAAAAUUGUGUGUUUAACUUUCUUUGGAGCUCGCGUUUCUGGUUUAGUUUUAAGCUACUUUCUUUAUAUCCAAGUCUUAGUUUAUAUAACGAUUACAUAAUAUAUAUAGUCCGGAUUACAACAUAACUUUUUUACGUAAUUUUUUUCUUUUAAUUAAACCUACAAAAUAAGGAUCUAAAAUCUUUAGUUUUAUUAAAAAUUCAAAAGUCUUUAGUCAAGACCAAAACAAAUUAUUUCUUUCCAAAAUUAUAAAUCAUAAUAUAAAAAACAUACUCCGAAUUAUAUUAUCUUACCAAAAAUAGACAAUUCAUAUUUUAAAAAUAAGUAAAUGUGUAGCUUCAAAAGAAAACAAAAAAAAAUUACAUGGACUGAAAACGUACAUUCCUUUAUAUAAAUAUAUUUAGCCACCUUUGCAUUUUGGUUAAUAUCUAUAAAUAGGGAACCAAUAUGAACUUGUCUAACAAUCCACUACUCCACAUGAUUUACAUAACAAUGGCUUUCUCUAAUAAGCUUCAUUGCAUAUCGAUGUUUAUGAUCAUCUCUUAUCUUACUCUUAUUCUUUUUGCCUCAGGGUUAGAUGUCUCAAACACUAUGGCGGAAGCACCAACACCAACACCAGGAUCGGGCCACGACGGCGUGUUACCUCUAGCACCUAAGCAUGUUGUAAUCCACAACACUGUAGAGAACGGGGAAGUUCUGGAUGUACAUUGCAAAUCUGGUGACGAUGAUUUGGGGUUGAUCCAUAUCCCUUGGGAUAAGUACUGGGGUUUCAGAUUUCAUGUUAACAUUUGGAAAACUACGAAGUUUCGUUGCCAGUUUACGUGGUAUGGAGGCGGAUCUCAUUAUUUUAAUAUAUUUACAGUAGCAAGAGAUGAUACUCCAUCUGGAGAGACUCCAUUAUGUAGAGAAUGCAUUUGGGAGGUGGGAAAAGAGUCCAAAGACGAGAAAACUCCUAUGUGUCGUGUAGAUGGUGAUGGAUAUACUCGUUACUGUUUCGAAUGGGACGAUGAAUAGUCUUUAAGAUAAUAAAAUAAUAUAUUGUUUUUCUUAUACCUCAUUUAAUAAGUUUAUCACAAAUGAUUGAAUAAAUUAAAUAUACCAUUUUCAUAGUGUUCGAAUGUUUUAAUUUUUUUCUUAGAAUCUUUUAUGUUUCCACGUGAACAAACUAAAUGUAACAUCUCGAAUUGUGAUAUACCAUCACUCAACUUAAGCGUCAGGAAUAGAUUCAUGUCAGUUCUUUCGGACUCUUUGUUACUCAUCAAGCUAUUGAAAAAUGGUGGUUCUCAGGAUCAUAUUUAGGGGUGAAUACGAGGCAAAUACUUGCCGAUUCUUGGUUAUUUGCUAUUUGACUUGUUUUGUCAGAGUAAUUUUUUUUACGACUCGAUACUUGGAAAUAAAAUUGAUACUUGCAAGUAAUUUGCUUUGUCUUGUUACUUGCUAAACUAAGUAAUUGUCUCAUGAUUACAUACAAAACGACACAUUCUAAAUUUUUAACAUCCAAAAGUCACAUGAAUUUUCAAAGAAAUAGACAAAAAUGAAAAUAAGCGUUCAAAAUAUUGAAAGACCAUAUAAAACUCAAUGUUCCUCCAUUUUGUUCCUCCAUUUUAUUUCGAUGAUCCAAAAAUUUUUUCGCAAGUAAUAAGUAUUAUUUAGAAAGUAAAUAUUUUAUAGAACGAUUAACAAAUAACAAGUAACGAGGCAAGUACCAAAAAAUACUCCCUCCGUUUUUUAAUAUAAGUUGUUUUAGAGAAAUUUUCAUGUUCCAAAUUAUAUGACGUUUUCGGUUUUGUAUGUAAAAUUUAUUAACAGUUAAUGUUAUAUGACCAAUGAUA